AUGCUUCAGGUGCCUGUGCGGGAACAUCCACAGCAGGCCUCCACCAAGGCCGUGAUCUUGGUCGGAGGCCCCUCGCGAGGUACUCGGUUCCGCCCAUUGUCCCUCGAUGUGCCGAAGCCCCUGUUCGAAGUCGCCGGCCACCCCAUCAUCCAUCACUGCCUGAAAGCGCUGGCCAAGGUCCCCGAUGUGCGCGAAGUCAUUUUGGUCGGAUAUUAUGAUGAGACGGUGUUCCGGGAUUUCAUCAAGGACUCAGUCAAGGAGUUCCCGCAGUUCCGCAUCCAAUACCUGCGCGAGUAUACGGCGUUGGGCACCGCAGGUGGGCUGUACCACUUCCGCGAUGCUAUCCUCAAGGGCAAGCCGGAGCGGUGCUUUGUGCUGAAUGCAGAUGUGUGCUGCUCGUUCCCACUGGGCGAAAUGCUGCGACUGUUCGAGGAGAAGGACGCCGAAGCAGUGAUUCUUGGUACACGGGUGGGCAAUGAUGCGGCUACCAACUUCGGAUGUAUUGUGUCGGACUCGCACACCAAGCGCGUGCUGCACUACGUGGAGAAGCCCGAGUCGCACAUCUCCAAUCUAAUCAACAGUGGUGUGUAUCUGUUCGCAACAGAGUGCAUCUUCCCCGCAAUUCGCAGCGCCAUCAAGCGCCGCACCAUGCGGCCGCGCCUUUUGUCGUACCCAUCAUCGGAUAACCUCGAGUCGUCCUUCGUCGCCGCAGGAGACGAUGACGAGUCCGAGAAGACCGAGGUCCUCCGGCUGGAGCAGGACAUCUUAUCAGACCUGGCCGACAGCAACCGAUUCUUCGUGCACGAAACCAAGGACUUCUGGCGUCAGAUCAAGACCGCCGGGUCUGCCGUGCCUGCCAACGCACUGUACCUCCAGAAGGCGUUCCAGACGCAGCCCGAAGAGCUCACCCCACCUUCCGCCACUAUCGUGCCCCCGGUCUACAUCCACCCCACUGCCGAAGUCGACCCCACCGCUAAACUCGGCCCCAACGUCUCCAUUGGCCCUCGUGUCGUCGUUGGUGCCGGUGCCCGUGUCAAGGACUCAAUUGUCUUGGAGGAUGCUGAGAUCCGCCACGACGCCUGCGUCAUGCACUCAAUUAUUGGCUGGAGCAGCCGCGUCGGCGCCUGGGCGCGCGUCGAGGGGACUCCUAUUCCCAUUGGCAGCCACUCUACCAGCAUCGUCAAGCACGGCAUCAAGGUCCAGAGCAUCACGAUUCUCGGCAAAGAGUGCGGUGUCGGCGACGAGGUCCGCGUGCAAAACUGUGUGUGUCUGCCGUUCAAGGAGCUCAAGCGGGACGUCGCCAACGAGGUUAUCAUGUAA